CAAUCAAAGGGUAAAGGAAUCAAAUACUAGCGAGACGCGAAAACCAAAUUAAAAUCCGCCAAUCCCAACCACAUAUAUGUUUGAAACUAUAUAGGCCAAGGUUGUCAGGUAGCAGCUUCACACGUGAUUUCAACACAGGUGAGUUUAGAGAGGAUUCACCAGUAUCUAGAAAAGCAGAUAGAAGAAGCUCAGACACAUUACCUUGCUGUGGAGUCUUUAUUAUGUCUUAAAAGGCUUCAUGUCGCAUUGGAACGCCUGGGAAUCUGAUGAGAUGGAUGAGAGCGUCUCUGUUGUGAGGAGAUGGGAGGACUUGGACACUGAUAUUUUAGUCAAGAUAUUGCAGUCUUUUGACAUCUUCCAAUUAACUUCGGGCAUUGCUCACGUUUGUAGUUCAUGGCGUUUGGCCUGCUGCGAUCCUUUGCUCUGGAAAACACUCGACUUGUCUAUGUUGAAAUCUAAUUUCAUUAAAAUCCCUUUGGAGCCUUAUGUGUAUGUGGAUGGCCGAUCUGAUAAGACAUUGACUCGGGUGUUGAAGAUAUCCUUGAAUCUUAGCAAGGGAAACAUAACAUCAUUGAUAUUCCAUUUCAAUCUGUAUGUAAGCGACGAGCAGUUGACUUAUACUGCUGAAAGGUGCCCACGACUUAGAAGACUUGUUCUGCCAGCAUGGAACCGAAUAAAAAAGACUGGAAUAUGCAAGGCCAUACGCAUGUGGAGAGAUCUUGAAUCCUUGACAAUGCCUAGCAUAGCAAAUCCCCCUUAUCUUAUUGAGGAAAUUGCCAAUAAUUGUAGGAACUUCAGUGAACUCAAGGUCAUGGGCCCUUUUGACAUUUUCUUUGCCUCCACACUAGCUGCAUAUCUUCCAAAAUUAAAAGUUUUGAGCCUACGAUGUUCAAUGCUAAUUAAGGAUGCCUUGAUCCUAAUCUUGGAUGGUUUGCAAUGCCUAGAAGUGCUCAACAUAUCACAUUGCCUUUUGAUAGAAGCCCCCACACCCCCUGCCCCAAGACGAAUUAUUAGGGAGCUUGAUCAAACUAUCCUGGAGAAGGCAUCUCGGUUACGUGAAUUCUUAACUUGCAUGGAAGACUCCUGCAUUAUGUGCCAGAGGACAAAAAAUGAUGAAGGGCUCUUGCGGUGGUACAAGUAUGAGGAAGGUUUGUGGAAGGCAGAUGAGGUGAGUUCUCUUGCUCUUUGAUUGGAGGAUUCUGAGAUCAUAUUUUAGUGCCUAGAAGCUAUAGGACAUGCACCCUUUUCCUGAUUAUUGCUUUGCUUUAAUGAUAGAAAUAGAAUAAAACGAUGUUUGAAUGGAUGUAAUUAAAAAGCUCUCAUCAUUGUGGUGUUGUGGUGAUAAAGAAAACCUCCUCUCAAUGGCUGGUCAUGGAGAGGGUCUGAGGAUUUGCUGAUAAUCUGCUCCUUUUGCAGAGAUAUCAUUUGUAAUUGUGGUGAUAAUGUAUAUAUGGUAAAUUAUCCCUUUCUGUUGUUCCCAGGUCA